CGUUCCACCGUUUUAACAAAAAAAAUAAACAAACAGCUGUUUUUGUUAUCACUCGGUCAAACAUCUUCAUUGUCCUAAUUGCGCCAUGCUACUUAAACAUUUUAUUCACACACAUGCUGGUCUUGCAAAACAAAUACCUCGUAAUCUUAAAGGUAAGAGCAAAAGUUCACAAGAAUGGCUUACACGACAACUGGCCGAUCCUUAUGUGGAGAAAGCAAAAAUGAUGAAUCUCCGUUGCCGAAGUGCCUUCAAAUUAUUGGAAAUCGACGAUAGGUUCAAGAUACUGAGACCCGGCGAUACUGUGCUGGAUUGCGGGGCAGCUCCAGGUAGUUGGACGCAAGUAGCGGUUGAUCGCACAAAUGCCAAUGGCGCUAAAGAAGGACAUAAGAAGGGUGCUGUCUUCAGCAUUGACUUGUUACACUUUCAUGCUAUACCGGGCGCUACUGUAUUCGGUGGCAUGGAUUUUACAACCCCUGUAGCUCAACAGCGUUUGCGAGAGGCAUUGGCAAGCCGGCCGGUAAAUUGUGUUCUCUCUGAUAUGGCGCCAAAUGCAACGGGCGUGAAAAUGUUGGAUCAAGAGAAUAUAAUGGGUUUGUGUUAUGCUGUACUUCGAUUCGCUCUAGCGAUGUCUGCGCCAGAAGCCCAUUUGGUCGUUAAACUAUGGGCGAAUGGUGAUGUGCCUAAACUCGAAAAAGAUUUGGAACGAUUUUAUGAGCAUGUUAAACGUGUUAAACCCGAAUCCAGUCGAUCGGACUCCGCGGAAUUUUUUCUGGUGGCCCGUCGUUUUAAGGGACUGGAGAAGACACUAGAUAAAAGCGCAGACAUUAAAUGCUAAUGCCACUAAGAGGUAAAGGGUAUAAGUAUUGUGGCCAUAUCAUUUUAUUAAAUCAAAUAAAAGGUUCGUUCCGUUUACAUAUAUACAUAUAUAGGUAAACUCCCUUUA